GGACGGAGGGCGGGGUGGGGUUUGGCUGUGAGGGUGGGUCAAGGCCGGCCUGAGUAGCACUUGUUCGCUGUUGCCCCAGAAGGCUAGAAGCCGAGGCGCCGACAGCGGGCAUGGCGACUUGGUCCCAGCCGGACUCGGGUUUCUCUGGAAACCCCCCUGGUAAGUGUGGAGGAGGCGGGACACUCUGACCCAAGACAAAAGGCCUGUAGCUCCAGCCAAAGAAAAUAAACCUUAGAGAGAAGGAAAAAAAAAAAAAAUCCAUCAGCUGUUCCUGAGAACAGCCUGCAGUGGAAUCUACAGAGAGGACAACUGAUGUGAGUGAGGAAGUGACUGUAUGUGGACUGUGGAGACAGUAAGUCACGUGGGCCCCGAGGGCCUGGACUGGGUUAGCAACAGUUGUACAUGCAGAGGUGAGGUGCCGAGAAGGGAAAAGUGAAUGUGGUCUGGAGUGUGGCCUUGGCUUCACGGGGUGUGCUUUCCUCUGAGGCUGUCUGGGAGCUCAGCCCCUGUGUUCUGCCAGGGUGGGCUACAGGGUUUGGCACUGAGGAGGGUAACUUGCUGGCUGGAGCACCAGAGCAGUGGCCUUGAUUUGUGUUUGAAGAUUUAAAAACCAAAAAGCAUAAACAUUCUGGUCCUUCAGCAAUGCUUUCUCUGAAGAAAUACUUAACGGAAGGACUCCUCCAGUUCACCAUUCUGCUGAGUUUGAUUGGGGUGCGGGUGGACGUGGAUACUUACCUGACCUCACAGCUUCCCCCGCUCCGGGAGAUCAUCCUGGGGCCCAGUUCUGCCUAUACUCAGACCCAGUUCCACAACCUGAGGAAUACCUUGGAUGGCUAUGGUAUCCACCCCAAGAGCAUAGACCUGGACAAUUACUUCACGGCCCGGCGGCUCCUCAGUCAGGUGAGGGCGCUGGACAGGUUCCAGGUGCCGACCACUGAGGUAAACGCCUGGCUGGUCCACCGGGAUCCAGAGGGGUCUGUCUCUGGCAGCCAGCCCAGCUCAGGCCUCACCCUCGAGAGUUCCAGUGCUCAAGAUGUGACAGGCCCAGACAACGGGGUGCGAGAAAGCGAAACGGAGCAGGGAUUCAGUGAAGAUUUGGAGGAUUUGGGAGCUGUAGCCCCUCCAGUCAGUGGAGACCUAACCAAAGAGGACAUAGAUCUGAUUGACAUCCUUUGGCGACAGGAUAUUGACCUGGGGGCUGGGCGUGAGAUUUUUGACUAUAGUCAUCGCCAGAAGGAGCAGGAUGUGGAUAAGGACCUGCGAGAUGGAGCGGAGCAGGAGGACACCUGGUCAGGCGAGGGUGCAGAAGCUCUGGCGCGAAACCUGCUAGUGGAUGGAGAAACUGGGGAGAGCUUCCCUGCACAGGUGCCUGGUGGGGAGGACCAGACGGCCCUGUCCCUGGAAGAGUGCCUUAGGCUGCUGGAGGCCACCUGCCCCUUUGGGGAGAAUGCUGAGUUUCCAGCAGACAUUUCCAGCAUAACAGAAGCAGUGCCUAGUGAGAGUGAGCCCCCCGGUCUUCAAAACAACCUCUUGUCUCCUCUCCUGACGGGGACAGAGUCGCCAUUUGAUUUGGAGCAGCAGUGGCAAGAUCUCAUGUCCAUUAUGGAAAUGCAGGCCAUGGAAGUGAACACUUCAACAAAUGAGAUCCUGUACAAUGCCCCUCCUGGAGACCCCUUGAGCACCAACUAUAGCCUUGCCCCCAACACUCCCAUCAAUCAGAAUGUCAGCCUGCAUCAGGCGUCCCUGGGGGGCUGCAGCCAGGACUUCUCACUCUUCAGUCCCGAGGCGGAGAGCCUGCCUGUGGCCAGCGGCUCCACGCUGCUCCCGCUGCUCCCCAGCAAUUCCACCAGCCUCAACUCCAGCUUUGGCUCCACCAACCUGGCGGGGCUCUUCUUUCCACCCCAGCUCAACGGCACAGCCAAUGACACGGCAGGCCCCGAGUUGCCUGACCCUCUGGGGGGCCUGUUAGACGAAGCCAUGCUGGACGAGAUAAGCCUGAUGGACCUGGCCAUCGAAGAGGGCUUUAACCCUGUGCAGGCCUCCCAGCUCGAAGAAGAGUUUGACUCUGACUCAGGCCUCUCCUUGGACUCUAGCCAUAGCCCUUCCUCCCUGAGCAGCUCUGAAGGCAGCUCUUCUUCCUCUUCCUCCUCGUCCUCUUCCUCCUCCUCGUCCUCCUCGUCCUCCUCUUCCUCUGCUUCUUCCUCAGCUUCUUCCUCCUUUUCUGAGGAAGGUGCUGUUGGCUACAGCUCUGACUCUGAGACCCUGGAUCUAGAAGAGGCUGAGGGCGCUGUGGGUUACCAGCCUGAGUAUUCCAAGUUCUGCCGCAUGAGCUACCAGGAUCCGUCUCAGCUCUCCUGCCUGCCCUAUUUGGAGCACGUGGGCCACAACCACACGUACAACAUGGCGCCCAGUGCCCUCGACUCUGCUGACCUGCCACCACCCAGCGGCCUCAAGAAAGGCAGCAAGGAGAAGCAGGCUGACUUCCUAGACAAGCAGAUGAGCCGGGACGAGCAUCGAGCCCGAGCCAUGAAGAUCCCCUUCACCAAUGACAAAAUCAUCAACCUGCCAGUGGAGGAGUUCAAUGAGCUGCUGUCCAAAUACCAGCUGAGCGAGGCCCAGCUCAGCCUCAUCCGUGACAUCCGGCGCCGGGGCAAAAACAAGAUGGCUGCACAGAACUGCCGCAAGCGCAAGCUGGACACCAUCCUGAACCUGGAGCGGGAUGUGGAGGACCUGCAGCGUGAUAAAGCCCGGCUGCUGCGGGAGAAGGUGGAGUUCCUCCGGUCCUUGCGGCAGAUGAAGCAGAAGGUCCAGAGCCUGUACCAGGAGGUGUUUGGGCGGCUGCGGGAUGAGAAUGGGCGGCCCUACUCGCCCAGUCAGUAUGCACUCCAGUAUGCUGGGGACGGCAGUGUCCUCCUCAUUCCCCGCACCUUGGCCGACCAGCAGGCCCGGAGGCAGGAGAGGAAGCCAAAGGACCGAAGAAAGUGAGCCUGGGGAGGAAAGGGGGGUUGACGCUCACCGGGAUGGAAACUGGAGAAGGGCUGGGCCUGGACCUGGACCUACAGAGGGGACUCGAAUGCCUUCUUAUCCAAUAGAUCUUCUCAGAUGGGAUAAACUGCGGGUCAGUGGACAGGAAGAGGAGGGCGCAGGCGCUGUCUGGCUCAGCUUCCCCUAGUGGGGGUGGGGCAGGGCGGAAGUGGCCAGACCACUUGGGUGGACAGGGUCCUCACCCCUACUGUUUCCUUUGCGGGAAGGGGUGGUGCUGGCAUUGCUGGAGGCCGACCAAGGGGAAGGGGGGGGCUUGUGAGAGGAAAGUCAUAGAAAGUCUCAUUCCUGGAAGGAAACAAGGAAGGAACAAAGGAAGGGGGAUUAAAAAAAAAACCCAAAAAAAUCAAAGCGGGAAGAAAAUCAAAGGGCAGGUUAAGGUUGGGUCUGGCCAGGAUACCAGACAGAAGGUUUGUGGUGGGACUACUCCCUCUGCUCGAGUAAACCCCACUUCAUCCCAGGGGAGGGUGGAACACAAGGUGGGAUCUGGGAGGAGCUUUCAGUUUCUGCCCUGUAGUGGUUCGAAGGGGAGCUCUUGGAUAUGUCCUGUAACGUUCUCAUUUGGAGGGGAGCCGCUGGGACCCAACACUGGCUUGGGAGGGCUAGGGCCAAAGAGUUAGAGGGAACAGGUCACGAGGCCCCGAGGCCCCCGUGCCGUGUGGCAGCAGCCCCAACACCAAGCAUGUCCCUCACUGCCCUGCCACUCCAUCUCCCUCUGUGCCCAGUAUCCCCCUGAGCUGAGGCACCCACGUUUCCAUCAGAGCCUGCAUGCCAAUGCUGUUCUCUUCCCGCCCGAGUGCCCCUCACCCCUCCCUGCUGCCUGGAGCUCUUCUGCUGCUGGGGUGCUGGUAUUGCCUCCCUAGAGCUGAGCCUGUAGCCUCCUGGGGGCUGCUCUGAGGCAGGGGGAUGAUGUGGAGAAGCCAGGCAGUAUUUAGCACAACACUGGGGAGUGACCCAUCCCUCAGGCCUCCCCUGCCAACAACCGGGCAUGUCACUGGAAGACAAAAAAACCACAACACCCAGCAACAAAAACAAACUAGUCCUUUUAGAAUUUCUUGCGCUUUGAUUUUUUUAGGGCUUGAGCCCUGUUUCACUUAUAGGGUCUAGAAUGCUUGUGUUGAGUAAAAAGGAGAUACCCCAAUAUUCAAAGCUGCUAAAUGUUCUCUUUGCCAUAAAGACUCCGUGUAACUGUGUGAACACUUGGGAUUUUUCUCCUCUGUC